AUGGCCACGACGUCUUCGGACAAUAGGCACUUUGUGGUGCUUGGAGCCGGCGUAAUCGGCCUCUCAACAGCGAUUACCCUCCGAAGUAAAUAUCCAUCAGCGCGCAUCACCAUUCUAGCAGAAUACUUCCCCGGCGACUACCAUAUCGACUAUUGUUCCCCGUGGGCCGGCGCAAACUGGUGUUCCUCAGCAAGCGACAAUGGGCUCCUCGAGUCAUUCGACCGCGUUACCUUUGAGAGGUUCAAGGAAAUUGCCAAGCACACCCCCGAAGCAGGAAUCAAGACUUCACCUCUUAGAAUGAUUUUUGACCAGAAGAUUGAGGAUGCCGAGAUACUCAGCGAAGGAACUGGCAAAUUGUGGUAUGACGAUUUGGUCGGUGGCGCAGUCUCGCUGAACGAGAAUGAGCUGCCUAAGGGGGCUGUGUUUGGACUAGACUUGCCCUCCACCUUUGUGAUCAAUUCCCAGAUUUACCUUCAGUGGCAAGGAGGCGUGUCUCUGCUCCGGCGUCAGAUUACCCACAUCAAAGAGGCUCGCAUUUCUGCCGACGUCGUCGCUGUCUUCAACUGCACUGGCUUAGGAUCAUAUCAUCUUGGCGGAGUUGAAGACAAAGCUAUGUACCCAACUCGAGGGCAAACGGUCCUGGUCGAACAGCCCAUUCAGCCACUGGAGCGGAUGUACUUUCGAUCGCCUCGCCGUGUCGACAACGACACUACGUAUGUCUUCCAGCGUCCUCUUGCUGGAGGCAUCGUUCUUGGUGGUUGCCGCGAGGACGGUAACUGGGACAAGAACGUGGAUCCCGAGUUGGCGAAAAGGAUUAUGGAAAGAUGCUGUGCUUUGGCUCCUGAGCUCGGCAGGCCUGAGGAUCUAAAGGUAAUAAAGCAUGGUGUGGGCUUAAGACCAAAUCGCAAGGGCGGCCCUAGAAUUGAGGCCGAGAAGGGCGGGGAUGGUCUGGUAAUACAUAAUUACGGUGCCUCUGGUGCAGGAUAUCAGGCAUCAUGUCCCGGAGGCAAAGCGACGACGCAAGCCGGCCUAGGUCUGCUUGACAAACCCUUUGGAGACACGGCACAACGUCAAGAAAGCGGGGAUCCUAAGCCGUGGGACCGUUUCGCGGCACACAUCAACCGACUCAACGAUGAAAGUCCCGAUGGGGUUAAUUACAAAGUGCUCUACCUAACCAGACACGGCCUCGGGUACCACAAUGUCCAGGCGGCCAAGGUUGGGACGGCAGAGUGGGAUAGAUAUUGGUCACGACUCGACGGCGAUGGGGUCGUCACGUGGCUCGAUGCAGAGCUUGUCGAUACAGGCAUCACUCAGGCCAGAGAUCUGGGUGCUUUCUGGAAGGCUGCUACGGCUGCUGAAGGAGUUCCCUUUCCAGAGUCAUUCUACACGAGUCCCCUUCGGCGUUGCCUCGAGACCAGCAAGCUUGUCUUUGGCGAUCUAGUCGAGGGCAGAGGCCAGGAGUUCAGACCUGUUAUCAAAGAAGGACUGAGAGAGCGCAUGACUGAUCAUACUUGUGACAAGAGGAGUUCGAAGACAUGGAUCGAAGGGGCCUAUCCCAAGUACAUCAUCGAACCUGGCUUCACCGAGGAAGACCAGCUCUGGAAGGCGGACCAGUUUGAGACCACGGAGAGUCAUGUCGCAAGAAAGCAGCAAGUUCUGGAUGAGAUCUUCUCCACCGAUCCCAGCCAAUUUGUGUCAUUGACCGUUCACUCUUAUGCCAUAGCUGCCAUCUUGCGGGUUGGGGGACAGGAAGAGUUCCGGGUUCGAGAGGGCUCCAGCAUCGCAGUGCUUGUCAGAGGAGAAAGACUUACGACUUCAACAUAA